AUGGCUUCAUACAAGCUUUUAAUUGUGUUAGUUCUCUCUCUCAUCGUCCUCUUAAAUCCUUGUUUUGGGCUUAAUGAAGUAGUUACCAAGACUUGCCAGCAAACCAGAGACCCUCAAUUUUGCUUGGAUAUGUUUAAAUCAGAUGCACGCAGUGAUGCAGUUCGUGACGCCAAUGCUCAAGCCAAGCUAGCUCUUUCGAUUGCCAUUAUUAAAAUUCAAGAAACUUUGGAUACUUUCCCAGAGGUUCGUGACAAAUUAAAAGAUCCAGUUAGUCAGCAUAGGCUAGAUGUUUGCAAAAGUGAUUAUGAUGGAGCAUACCAAGGGUAUACAGAGGCUUACUUCCGUGUUGAAAUAAAAGCUUACUGGGAUGCCAUGAUGGCUACUGCUAAUGCAACAAAGUUUGUCAGUGACUGUGAAAAUGUCUUUCACAGUGGCAGCCCAAUUACUGAGUCGCCCUUUGCUGCCGUCAAUCAAAAACUGACUCGUUUUGCAGUAAUAAUUUAUGGCAUUAUUUCCGUAGCAGCUUAGGAAUCGAACAUGGGCUACAGUUUUUAAGGCUUGCAGAAUUGAUAUUUCUGCUUA